AGCCUUGGAGUGUGGUGUGACUGCCUCAUCUUGCUGAGACUGGAGCUUCUGAGCACAGUGUCCAAAGCAGGUACAAUGAGCUUUAAGGACCUACCAACACUCCAGCAGCUGGCAAGAAGAAGCCUGCUGAAAGAUGAAGCCUUGACCAUCUCUGCUCUGCAGAACCUGCCCUUGCAGUUCUUCCCACCACUCUUCAAGGAUGCGUUCACCAGCAAAAGACCUAACAUCCUGAGGCGGAUGGUGGCAGCAUGGCCCUUCCCAUGCCUUCCUGUGGGAGCCCUGAUGGAGACUCCUCACCUGGAGACCCUGAAAGCUGUGCUUGAUGGCCUUGAUUUGCUAAUGUCACAAAAGGAUCGACCUAGNAGGUGGAACCUACAAGUGCUUGAUUUGGGAGAUGCCCACAAGGACUUCUGGGAUGGUUGGGCUGGAUUGCUUCAUGAAGUUUUCUCUCAAGACGAAUUUGGCAAGAACCAACCAAUGGGAAAUCAUCCCAUCCUAGGGGAGAAACAGACCAUGAUUAUAAAGAUGAACCUUUCCCUCAUGUCCCGCCAUCUCUCCAAAUACCUAAAAUAUUUUUAUCAUUGGGUCAAGGAGAGAAAAAAUGUGAUACAGGUGAUCUGUGAGAAGUUGGAGUUUGGGGUCAUUCCUGCCUAUAACCCAAUGGAUGUCUUGGAGGUUUUUGAUGCAGCUUCAAUCCAGGAAUUGGAAAUAAACACACGCUGGGAUAUAUAUACCCUUGGAUUGCUAGCGCCUGGCCUGGGUCAGAUGACAAACCUCCAGAAACUACUUUUCAAGGAAAUCUGCAUACCUUUGGAUAGGCCUAGGGACCUAGAGAUGGAAGCCUAUUGUAUUACAGAGUUCUUUUCCCAGUUCUCCAAACUGCAUAAGCUCCAGCAUCUCUACUUGAAUGAUGUCUACUUCCUGACUGAUCGCCUGGACCAAAUGCUCAGGUGCUUUGAGAGUCCAUUAGAGACUCUUGCUAUCACUCACUGCAGACUCUCAGAAUCAGAUAUGAGGUACCUGUCCCAGUGUCCAAGCAUCCACCAGCUCAAACACCUGGACCUGAGUGGUGUCACCUUCAUUUUAAGUCAUCCAUUCCUAGGAAGCCUGCUAGAAAGACUGACAGCUACUCUGCAGACAUUAAAAUUGAAGGGCUGUAUGCUCAUGGACUGGCAAAUCAGUGACCUCCUGCCUGUGCUAAGCCAGUGCUCCCAGCUCACUGAAGUCGAUUUUGUGAAGAACUUCUUGUCCAUGGGCAUCCUGAAGAAGCUGCUACAGCAUACUGCCAACCUCACACAGCUGACCCUGGAGAAGUACCCUGCCCCUUAUGAGGUCUAUGAUGACAAUGAUAGUGUUAUUCUGGACAGAUUUGUACAGCUUUGUUCUGAGCUUAUGGACACACUUAAUUGUGUAAGGCAGUCAAAGCAGGUCUACUUUGUGAGUAAGAUGUAUUCAUAUUGUUGGAAUUUCUGUAUCUACAAUUUUGUUGGGAAUAUAUAAGGUGAGGUAAUUGCUAGGCUGUGAUAAAUGGAACGCAGGUCUCAAGUGACUCAUUAGAGGCAUAGAACAUGUGUAUUCAAGCAUUUUUGCAUGUACUUUGGAAAGAUAAUUAUUUCGUUUUCUUUGAAUAUCAGUCAAAUCCUUCUGAUUUGAGGUACAUGUGUUGAGAUGGAAAACCUUGAGCUUAUUUUCAGCCUAAUGUCUAUAGUACAGACUCACUCUUGAACAGCAACUAUAUCUGAAAAUUGUAGGGCUGCAUUCCAGCACUUUCAGAGUAUGAGGGACCAUAGAAGAAGGGAAGGGGAUAAAGAGAGAGGACAUUNUAAAGAACAUAAUGGACUUGAAUAGGAGGGCUCUGUUUCAUUCUCCCUAUGGAUGGCACCCACCUUUUGGCUCUCCCCUUACAUACGGUUCUACAGUAUAUGGACAUAUUUUUAUGAAGUAUAAGUCUGACUGAACCUUGCAGUAUUUUUGUAUUAGACUGUUAUCACUAUUAAGCAUCUCUUUUUGGGGGAAUUCCUGCAGCCUGAUAUCUUCUACCACCACUGUUACCAUUGUAAUUUCUCACAGGUUCUAAUAAAUCAGUUUUGAAUAAG